AUGGCGAGACUUCUGGGCUUCGGUUUGGCCCUGGUGGUCGCUGGAACGGCUUGGACGGCUUUCUGCGGUUGGGCCACCUCUGGCCUUUCCUCGCGGAGUGGGACGGCUCUGUGGGCACAGCCCAACUUCGGAGAUAUUUUGGGAUCUGUGGGCAAAGUGGGUGAAGCGAUGAAGAAGAUGCCCGAAGAGCUACAGAAACGUCUCCGCGAAACGCCCUCCACGGGCUCUGCGCUUGGGGGAAAGGUCAAAGUGACUUUGAGUGGCUUGGCCUAA